AUGUUGGAAGCGCUGCAGUCUCGUAGCGAAAUUAUGGAACCACUGAUCCAAGACUACUCGGUUGGUUGGAUAUGUGCUUUACAGGAAGAAUAUGAAGCUGCGGCCGGCAUGCUUGAUGAUGAAUUCGACGGCCCAGAGAUCAAUGAUAUGCGCGACAACAACACUUAUGUGUUUGGUUGUAUCAACGGUCACAAUGUGGUUAUCGGAUGUCUGCCACAUGGUCGAUACGGCACCUGCGCCGCCGCAAUUGUUGCGAAUGAUAUGGUUCGAUCAUUUCCGAACCUGAAGUUUGCAUUGAUGGUAGGAAUUGGGGGUGGUGCACCAACUCGCGAGAGAGAUAUCCGCCUCGGGGAUGUAGUCGUCGGUGUACCAAUAGGAAAACACAGCGGUGUAGUCCAAUACGACUUCGGAAAGCGGUUAUCGAACGGUAUAUUCUUACAAUCUGGUCAGCUAAAUGCUCCUCCGCGGGUCCUUCUUGGAGUUCUCCCCGAGAUACAACGGCGCCAUAAUGAUCCUAGGAAGCCAGACACUAUCGCCAAACACUUAAGUUUGAUGGAUGACCGGCCAAACUUUCGAUGCCCUGGGGAUGACCGACUUUACCGUGCUGAUUAUCAGCAUAGGACCAAGAAAAGAAAAAAUUGUGAAGACUGUGAAAAUGAUGGAUUGGAGGAUCGCCCGCACCGUCAAUCCAAACGGAGGGUUACGGUUCACUACGGCACUAUUGCAUCCGCCAAUUCAGUCAUGAAGGACGCAACGGAAAGGGACCGGCACGCUAACGACCCGGAGCUGAAUAUUUUAUGUUUCGAAAUGGAAGCCGGAGGUCUAAUGAACAACUUCCCGUGCCUUGUUAUUCGAGGAAUCUGUGAUUAUUCAGACUCACACAAAAACGACGACUGGCACAAUUACGCUGCGCUUACAGCUGCUGCAUAUGCAAGAGAGCUUCUUUAUGUCCUAAAGCCUAGAAAGAUAGCCUUUUUAGAGCCAUGGGUGGGAGAAAUAGGAACUAUUCUUGGGGAACUUAACGAUGGGGUUUCAUAUAUUGCAGCAAGAACUAACAGUAUAGUUCGCCACCAACGGAGCCAGGAAGAAGUGGAGAUACUGGAGUGGCUGACUCCGAUCGACUACGCUCCACGACAUAACGAUUUCAUCAGGAGACGAGAACCGGGGACUGGCCAGUGGCUCCUGGAAUCACCAGAAUUCCAGAAAUGGCGGGAACAUAGCGGCCGGACAUUAUUUUGUCCAGGCAUUCCCGGAGCAGGCAAAACAAUUCUCGCAUCGGUUAUUAUUGACAGUCUUAUUGGAGAAUAUCAUCAAGAUGCUGCUAUUGGAAUAGCUUACUUUUACUGUAGCUUUCAGCGACAGGAUGAACAAAUGGUAGAUGACUUACUCAUUAAUCUCUUGAAGCAGCUAGCCCGGGGGCGGCAGAGCUCGCUAGAUAUCGUGAAAAAGCUUUAUUCAAAGCACAAGGAACAGCAAACGCGGCCGUUAUUUACUGAGAUAUCAGAGGCUCUUCGUUCGGUCGUAACGCAAUACUCAAGAGUUUUUAUUGUUAUUGACGCUCUGGACGAGACAAAUGGUGGGUGUCAUGGAAAGCUACUUUCUGAAGUUUUCAGCCUUACAAAGGAAUGUGGAGCAAACUUUCUUGCGACUUCGAGGCCAAUCCCUGAUAUUACAAAGAGGUUUAGAGGAUGUAUGUCAAUCGCAAUAGAAGCCCAGGAGCAGGACGUCCGAAGAUACCUAGACGGCCGUAUGCAAGAGUUACCACCGUUUGUUCAGGACAAUCCAGAUCUACAGGAAGAAACUAAGGCCUCUAUUGCCAAAUCUGUCCAAGGGAUCGUCAGGUUCCUACUUGCACAGCUUCAUCUAGAUUCCCUUAUUGGAAAAAGAUCUCCAAGGGCUGUCAAAAAUGCACUCUCGAAUUUACCGAAAGGUUCUGGCGCGUCCGACCAAGCUUAUGAUGAGGCAAUGGAACGGAUUGAGGGACAGAUACACGAUCGCAAAGAAUUAGCAAAGCAAGCUCUAUCGUGGAUCGUAUGCGCCAAAAGGCCUUUGAAUACAACAGAACUUCCCCAUGCGCUGGCUGUGAAACCCGGCGACUUGGAAUUGGACGAAGAGAACAUCUCGCCAAUCGAAUACAUCGUCUCUGUCUGUUCAGGCCUAGUCACAAUCGACGAAGAAAGUAAAAUCAUUCGAUUAGUUCACUAUACUGCACAGAAAUACCUCGAUCGAAGACAAGAAAUGUGGUUUCCAGAAGCGCAGACCGAAAUCGCGGAGGUAUGCGUCACCUAUCUCCAAUUCCGUGUCUUUGAUACUGGGCCAUGCCAAUCCGACAGCGAUUUUGAGUGCCGACUGAAAUCAAACCCACUCUACGACUAUGCUGCACACAAUUGGGGAUACCAUGCUAGCAAGAUCUCGGAGCUACCCGAGUCUAUCGAAAGCUUCCUUGCCUCUGCUCCCAGUGUGGAAGCAGCAGCUCAGGUAGUGCUAGCCGGUCACCAGGGAGCUGAUUCCGAUUUAUGUGCUUUACAGCAGGUUACCGGACUACACUUAGCGGCCUAUUUUGGAGCCCGCAAUAUAGUAGACCUCCUAAUAUAUGACGGUAGCCUUGAUGUUAAGGACAGCCAUCAUCAGACGCCAAUACUGCUUGCUUCACGGUAUGGGAAUGAAGACGUCGUUGAAGUACUGCUUGACAGAGGUGCCGAGGUCGAAUCGGGGGACAAAUUUGGUUGGACCCCAUUGUUGUGGGCUGCAAAGAACGGACACGAGGCUAUAGUAGAGAAAAUUCUUGAUCGUGGGGCCCAAGUUGACUCAAAGGAUACCUAUGGAAUGACAUCACUGCAUUGGGCAGCUUGGGAAGGGCAUGAAGCAGUUGCAUCCAUUCUAUUGGAACGUGGUGCUGAUAUAGAAAUGGAAACCGCGAAAGGAGGCACACCAUUAGCAAUAGCCAUUGAAAGCAAUUCAGAGGCGAUUGUCAGAUUGUUAAUUGAAAACCGAGCUGAAACCGGCUAUGAGUAUACGCCCAACGACUUCCAUGAACCGCUAAUUCUAUCGAUGGAUUUUGAGCGAGAUCGUCCAGGGCGGAAAAGAAAUCCUGCAUUUUUGCAACAUCAUCGGCUUCGAUGGGACAUACUAGCGGAAGAAACAAUAAAUCAGUUAUUCGCUGGCACUGAUGCAACCUCUGGAAGGAAGUCCGAUUUUGAGUUAUCUGUGGAAAUACAAAAAACUACAACAGGAUGGCACACGAAAAUGAAAAUACAAUCUGAUUCUGAAACAUCAGCCGAAAUACCAAAGAACUCCAGACCGGGCGUUAAGGAUUCCUGGAGUAAACAGAAACCAUUAUCACGGGCUGCUAAAAGGGGGCUAGGUCCAGUAGUUGAGCUACUGUUGAAAAGUGGUGCUGAAUUUAACCCUAAGGACAAUCUUAAUCCGCUUUCGCUGUGCGACGCUGCGAGGGACGGACAUGAAAUGACAGUCAAGAGUUUAUUGGAACACGGUGCCCAAGUCGACGAGAUGAGUGGCUCGGGCUGCACGCCACUAUUUUUAGCCGUGGUUCACGGGCAUGAAAUAAUAGUGAAACUAUUACUGGAAAAUGGAGCUGAUAUUGACAUACCGGAAACUAAAGGCGGCGUUACCCCGUUGCUCGCAGCUGCACUGUACAACCAUCUGGGGCUAGUAAAACUAUUGUUAGACAGGGGCGCCAGCAUCAAUUGUCAAGAAAAAAAAAGAAAAAUUGGGCCACUGGUGAUGGCGGUGUUGCAAAAGAAUAUAAUGAUGACUACACUGUUGCUAGACAGCGGCGCCGAAGUCGAAGCUAGAGAUAAAGAAGGCAGAACCGCCUUAUUUUGGGCUGCCGGACUUGGACACACCGAAAUUGCAGAGCUACUGCUGAAUAGAGGUGCUGACGUCAAUUCCAGAGACAAUUCAGGCUGUAUACCAUUAAAUAUAGCUUCCUAUUCAGGGACUGAAGGUGUAGUGAAGCUGUUGCUAAAGAACGGUGCCGACAUCGAUUCUCGGGAUAAUAACAACGGAACACCGCUAUUUCGUGCCGCCUCGAGAGGGCGCAAUAACAUGUUAAAAAUAUUUUUGGCUGAUAAGAGAGUCGACGUUGACGCUAAAAAUCACUACAACUUGACGCCGCUAUCAGUGGCAGCUAGACGUGGACAUAAAGAGACUGUCAGAGUUCUUCUUGCAACUGCAAGAGUGGACUUAGAAAUUAAGGACGACGUUUUCGGCAGGAGCCCUCUAUGGUGGGCAAAAAGAGAGGGACACCACGACACAGCGGAGCUCCUCAUCGAGAAUGCGAGGCGCAGAGGGUUAUCCUUAUCGGAUAAUGAUAUAUCCCAUAUGCACAACGGCUAUACUAAGUCUGAUGAAAAGUCUACUAGGUUUUGCGACGCUUGCGAGCUAGGAAUUCCGGAAAAGGGUGAACUCUACUAUAAAUGUGAGACUUGUGACGGUGGAGAUUUCGACCUUUGUUUGAAUUGCGUUAAGGCCAACGCUCAUUGCCGAGACAAGUCUCAUGAUAAUCCGGUAGCACCUUCGACGGAGCCUGAAUCGUCAGGUCCAGUAUCCGAUGCUGACCCCGAAUCAAACACUAUUUGGGAUCGAUUUUUUGGCACAGGAGCCGGUUCAUAUUAUCUAAAUCAAAUCUUAAGAUACUGGGCUGCAAUGGAUACGGAAGCGGCAUAA